AUGUUCGAGCGGAUGGGGGCGUCCGACAAGCAAGUCGGGGGCGCUGGCGGCACGACCACCUUCAAGGGCCUCCUCGCCGCCGAUCAGGUCUGGGAGAAGGUCCGCAACGGACCGUACGGCGCCGCAGCGGGCCCUGCCCCGAGGUUCGUCCAGGACCGCCCUGCGCACGCAGCGCUGCAGGGCGCGCGCACGGACUACGACGUGGUGGUGUGCGGGGGCACGCUGGGCAUCUUCAUUGCGUGCGCGCUGCAGCUGCGGGGGCUGCGCGUGGCGGUGCUGGAGCGCGGGCAGCUCGCGGGGCGCGCGCAGGAGUGGAACAUCAGCCGGUCGGAGCUGGCCGAGCUCGUCGAGCAGGGCGUCCUGACGCAGGACGAGGUAGAAGAAGCCAUCAGGAUCGAAUUCAACCCCAACCGCUGCGCCUUCCACGGAGACAGGGGCGCGGAGCUGUUCACGGAGGGUAUUUUGAACCUCGGCGUGUCGCCCGCGAUGCUCGUGGCGGCGGCGCGCGCGCGCUUCGAGGCCGCGGGGGGCGUCACGAUGGAGAAGACCGCGCUGGAGGGCGUGACGGUGCACAGCGACUGCGCGCUGCUGUCCGUGCCGGACGCGGACGCCGUGGAGGGCGGGCGCAUCGCCGCGGGGCUCGUGCUCGACUGCAUGGGCCACGCGAGCCCGAUCGUGCGGCAGGACCGCUGGGGCCAGCGCCCGGACGGCAUCUGCCUGGUGGUGGGCACGGUGGCGAGCGGCUUCCCGGAGGAGCGCAACAAGACCAGCGACGUGAUCGCGACGGUCUCGGACAUCCAGGGCGCGAGUCCCGCGACGCGCGGGUCCCGGGUGACGGACGCGCAGUACUUCUGGGAGGCCUUUCCGGCGGGGUCGGGCCCCACGGACCGCACGACCUACAUGUUUGCGUACCUGGACGCGGACCCGGGGCGCCCGCGGCUGCUCGACAUGUUCGAGGACUACUGGGAGCUGAUGCCGGCGUACCAGGGCGUGGACCUGGACGCGCUGGCGGUGCAGCGGGCGCUGUUCGGCUUCUUCCCGACGUACCGGGACUCCCCCCUGACUCCGGGCCACGACAGGAUCCUGCAGGUCGGCGACGCCAGCGGCAUCCAGUCGCCGCUGUCGUUCGGCGGCUUCGGCGCCCUCACGCGGCACCUCCCGCGCAUCACCAACGCCAUCGUGGAGGCGCACGAGGCCGGCGCGCUGGACAAGGAGUCCCUCGCGCGCAUCAACGCGUACAACCCGGGCCUGUCGGCGGCAUGGCUGUUCCAGCGCGCAAUGUCGGUCCGCGUCGGGCAGCGCGUGGACCCGGAGUUCGUCAACCGCCUCAUGGGCGGCAGCUUCCAGGUCCUGCGGGAGCUGGGCGACCCCGCGACGAAGCCCUUCCUCCAGGACGUACUACAGAUGGAGGGCCUGCUCAAGAUGCUGGCGGGGCAGAUGGCCAAGGACCCGGCGGGCAUUCCCGGGAUCAUGGCGCACCUCGGGCCGGCGCCGCUGGCCGACUGGCUGGGCCACAUGGGCGCGCUGGGCGCGUACACGGCGCUGCACAAGUCGCUGGGGGGGCCGCUGAGGGACUAUGCCGUCGGGCUGCCGCCGAAGCAGCGGUUCGAGCUGAGGCGCAUGCUGGACGCGUGGGAGUACGGCAGCGGACUGGACUACCGCGGGUGA